AUGUCGGCCCCAAGAACGAAGCGUCCCUUCGCCGGCGCCUCAGUCGACCCCUCCCAGCGCCAAAUCACCUCCUUCUUCACCACCCGCCCCGGCCCAGCGCCCGCCGGCCCUUCACCAGCCGCUCCCGAGAACAGCCUCCCCUCGGACGUCCAGUCCAACCUCAUCUCCGUCGGCAUGCGCAUCCGCAAGUCCGUCCCGGAAGGCUACAAGACGGGCACCUACAGCAGCUUCAAGCUGUGGAGCGACAGCUCCUCUGUGUCUGGCCCCGCCGUCGUCCGGACAACCCCGACAGGCACCACCUCCCGCAAGCAGCGCAGCGCCGCCUCCUCUCAGCGGGAGCUCAUGCCCUUCUGCGGCAUCAACAAGGUCGGUGGCCUCUCCGCGCAGCCCGUGACCGCCGACGAGGACGAGUUCUCCGACAACGACGUCCCGGGCCUCGACGACAUGCCCGGCCCGAGCAGCUCCCAGGAGAGCGUCGAGAGCGUCGAGAGCACCGCCAGCGACGGCCGCAGUCGCAAGCGCUUCUUUGACGACGAGGAGGAGAGCGAUGCGCCCGUCAAGAUGUGGGCGAACCACGAUGCGUGGUUGGAGGGGGCCAUCAGCCCACGCAGCCUUGCGCCGUCUGGCUGGGCGAAUGCGAGAACUCUUGCAGUCCCACGCAAGAGCCGCCGCGGCAAGAAUGCGGGACAGGAGAACCUGGUCGUCGCGGACGACUUUGAGGAUGCGGAUUUUCUGGUUACCCCUGACACAGAUAUGAGCGAUGCAUAG